GUCACUAUAACGGCAUGGUGCUCCACGAGUAAUUCUACCAUCAUAACGGGACGCCGACUGGCUCGUUAGCAUUGCGUGUCGGAGUGUUCCACCGUUGAGCUUGCUCGCGCGCACGGAACUGAACCAGGCCGUCUCAGGCACCAUCUCCACUGAACGGAUUCAGCAGUCGUCUUUCCCAAAAUUGACUGGUCACGCUUCUGUCCUGCAUCAUAUGCAUGCGCGCCGCACCUGUCAACGCCAGUACCCCUGUCCACUCAGCGCUGCCAGACGUCCACCACCACACCACAACCACCACUACACUACGGUCCUACCUAUCCGGAUCUCCCACGGUCUUCACCAGCGAACACGGGCUGGCUCUUCAACUCCGCCAUCGUCCCAUCCCUGCGUUCAUGAGGAGAGAACAAGUGACGGGCCCGGCAUGUCGCCAUGGACGUUUCAAGCCAUCGUCUGGCCAACAUCACUAUUACGAUUCGCCAGCUCGUAUAAGACGAAACAUAGCGUGCAUUCGACGUGUGACGUACUCAACCCUCCGUCCAAAAGGCUGCCGGUGCAGGCCAACACCCAUUAGUUACAUCUCAGCGGUAACUUUCCCAGAUGGGAUAUCCAUUUCUUCGAUCUUCACAGGGGAUGGGAAAAUGAGAACAUCCAUGUCUAGCUGAUCCGGAUCCCAUGGGUGGGGACCUUCUAGGUAUUUUGGGCUGAGGUGCGGUGUGUCCCCGGGGGUGAGUGUGUCAAGAGGUAGCUGGCGGCUCCGGGCCGUCCUGGCUCCAGUGUGUACCUGGCGCCACCAGGAAUGGAGAUGCGCCAUGAUCGGAUAGCGCCAUGAUCUG